CUCGGACGGAAACGACGACCGUUGAGUGAUGCAGUCGAGCAGUUUCUAAAACAUCAAGAGGUGGCUCGAGAAGAUGCUAAGGAUCAAGCCAUCAUCGCAUCACGAAGUGCGACAAGAAAGGAGAAGAAGAAAGUGAAGGCGCGAUAUGCGACACGGCAUAAGUUUGAUCCUCCAUCGCAGGUUCCAUCGGUUAUCGGCUCACCUACUGAGCGCAAAGAUGUUGAGGAUAAAGCGUUCUUCUCACGAUUUCUGCAUGACCUUCAACGUAAACUUGGCGUCCUCAAUGAAACUGAACAAACGCAACAGGCAAUGGCGUUACCGACAAUUCCGGAAGGAAGAGUACUCAGAGAGUCGCCGGACUCGAGUGAAUCUGGUGAGUCGGACGGGUCUGACAGUUCAGAUAAAAGCGCAGGAUCGAGUCAGAGUAAUUCCACAUCUGGGUCGGUGGAUCCGAAGACACGACGAUCGAAUGCGAUACGUGGAAGUGCUGAAGCGAUCAAAGUGGUGGACGCAGAAGCCGCACCAGUGUUACUGCGUUCGACCAAGUAUUGUUCGUCAACUAGUAGGCCAGCACUGAUUUUUGACGAUCAAGCCGCUCUUACGGCGCAUUCCGUAUCUGAAACCACACUACGAACAGCGCAUAUGCCAGACGCAGUCGUACGUCCACUGCGUUCGCACAUCAUCUCACUUCUUGAAGCGUUGAUACCAGCACUGGAUGUUAACGAUCUUGACAAAACAACAGUCGCCUUUGAGAGUAUUCAACGUCUUUUUUCACUGAUCAAAAUUGUUGACUGCUCGGGCGCUUUGGACGUGCGCGACGAUCUGUCAAUGGAAGAGAUUUAUCUGUGUCAAGAGACUGGCCGUAUUCCGGAUAUAGUGAAUUUGUUUGUGGAUAAGAUUCUAUCGAUGGUCGAGAUGUGUGCCGUAUCGAUCCCGAAGUCUUCAUCACUCGCUCUCGGCUCACUGUCGGACGUUGAGGGGGAUCCGCUGAAUGAGGAUGACGUUCUUCUGAAGAAAUGCGCCAUCAACGCCUUUAAUGCCCUACUCGACAAUUGCUCAUUGGCCAUUUUAACGGUUUCUAUUCCAUCCUUUCAUGAAUGA